AUGCUGCGCCUGGGGCUGUGCGCGGCCGCGCUGCUGUGCGUGUGCCGGCCGGGCGCCGUGCGCGCCGACUGCUGGCUCAUCGAGGGCGACAAGGGCUACGUGUGGCUGGCCAUCUGCAGCCAGAACCAGCCGCCCUACGAGACCAUCCCGCAGCACAUCAACAGCACCGUGCACGACCUGCGGCUCAACGAGAACAAGCUCAAGGCCGUGCUCUACUCUUCGCUCAACCGCUUCGGGAACCUCACCGACCUCAACCUCACCAAGAACGAGAUCUCCUACAUCGAGGACGGAGCCUUCCUGGGCCAGUCGAGCCUGCAGGUGCUGCAGCUGGGCUACAACAAGCUUAGCAACCUGACCGAGGGCAUGCUGCGCGGCAUGGGCCGCCUGCAGUUCCUCUUCGUGCAGCACAACCUCAUCGAGGUGGUGACGCCCGCCGCCUUCUCCGAGUGCCCGAGCCUCAUCAGCAUCGACCUGUCCUCCAACCGCCUCAGCCGCCUCGACGGCGCCACCUUCGCCAGCCUGGCCAGCCUCAUGGUGUGCGAGCUGGCCGGCAACCCCUUCAACUGCGAGUGCGACCUCUUCGGCUUCCUGGCCUGGCUCGUGGUCUUCAACAACGUCACCAAGAACUACGACCGCCUGCAGUGCGAGUCUCCGCGCGAGUUCGCCGGCUACCCGCUGCUGGUGCCCCGGCCCUACCACAGCCUCAACGCCAUCACCGUGCUGCAGGCCAAGUGCCGCAACGGCUCGCUGCCCGCCCGGCCCGCCAGCCACCCAACGCCCUACUCCACCGACGCCCAGAGGGAGCCCGACGAGAACUCGGGCUUCAGCCCCGACGAGAUCCUUUCGGUGGAGCCACCGGCCUCGUCCACCACGGACGCCUCGGCGGGGCCGGCCAUCAAGCUGCACCACGUCACCUUCACCUCGGCCACCCUGGUGGUCAUCAUCCCGCACCCCUACAGCAAGAUGUACGUCCUGGUCCAGUACAACAACAGCUACUUCUCCGACGUCAUGACGCUCAAGAACAAGAAGGAGAUUGUGACGCUGGACAAGCUGCGGGCGCACACCGAGUACACCUUCUGUGUGACCUCGCUGCGCAACAGCCGCCGCUUCAACCACACCUGCCUGACCUUCACCACCAGGGACCCAGUCCCGGGUGACCUGGCGCCCAGCACCUCCACCACCACCCAUUACAUCAUGACCAUCCUGGGCUGCCUCUUCGGCAUGGUCAUCGUGCUGGGAGCCGUUUACUACUGCCUGCGCAAGCGGCGCAUGCAGGAGGAGAAGCAGAAGUCGGUCAAGGUCAAGAAAACCAUCCUGGAGAUGCGCUACGGGGCCGACGUGGAUGCCGGCUCCGUCGUCCACGCCACCCAGAAGCUGUGCGAGCCCCCUGUGCUGCCCGUGUCCCGAAUGUCCUCCAUCCCCUCCAUGAUCGGGGAGAAGCCCACCACCUCCAAGGGGCUGGAGGCUGGGCUGGACACGCCCAAGGUGGCCACCAAGGGCAACUACAUCGAGGUGCGCACGGGCACGGGCAGCGAUGGCCUGGCCCGGCCCGAGGAUGACCUCCCGGAACUGGAGAAUGGCCAGGGCUCGGCCGCUGAGAUCUCCACCAUCGCCAAGGAGGUGGACAAGGUCAACCAGAUCAUUAACAAUUGCAUCGAUGCCCUCAAGUUGGACUCGGCCUCUUUCCUGGGGAGUGGCAGCGGUGGCGGGGACCCUGAGAUGGCCUUCGAAUGCCAGUCCCUCCCUGCGGCCUCCACCACCUCCUCGACUGCCACCCCUGGGGGGCUGGAGCGGCCCAGCUUCCUCUCACCUCCAUACAAGGAGAGUUCCCAUCACCCACUGCAGCGCCAGCUGAGCGCUGAUGCCGCCGUGGCCCGCAAGACCUGCAGCGUCUCCUCCAGCGGCUCCAUCAAGAGCGCCAAGGUCUUCAGCCUGGACGUGCCGGAUCAUCCGGCCGCUGCGGGGCUGGCCAAGGGCGACUCCAAGUACAUCGAGAAGGGCAGCCCCCUAAACAGCCCGCUGGACCGGCUCCCGCUGGUCCCGGCGGGCAGCGGCGGGAGCGGCGGCGGCGGAGGCGUCCACCACCUGGAGGUGAAACCCGCAUACCACUGCAGCGAGCACCGGCACAGCUUCCCGGCCCUGUACUACGAGGAGGGCGCCGACAGCCUGAGCCAGCGUGUGUCCUUCCUCAAGCCGCUGACCCGCACCAAGCGGGACUCCACCUACUCGCAGCUCUCCCCCAGACACUACUACUCAGGUUACUCCUCCAGCCCUGAGUACUCCUCCGAGAGCACGCACAAGAUCUGGGAGCGCUUCCGGCCCUACAAGAAGCACCACCGGGAGGAGGUGUACAUGGCCGCCGGCCACGCCCUGCGCAAGAAGGUCCAGUUCGCCAAGGACGAGGACCUGCACGACAUCCUCGAUUACUGGAAGGGGGUCUCGGCCCAGCAGAAGCUGUGA